CAGCCAUGGGCGUGCAGCCCCCCAACUUCUCGUGGGUGCUCCCGGGCAGGCUGGCGGGGCUGGCGCUGCCGCGGCUCCCCGCGCACUAUCAGUUCCUGCUGGACCAGGGCGUGCGGCACCUGGUGUCCCUGACGGAGCGCGGGCCCCCGCACAGCGACAGCUGCCCCGGCCUCACGCUGCACCGGCUGCGCAUCCCGGACUUCUGCCCGCCGGCCCCCGAGCAGAUCGACCGCUUCGUGCGGAUCGUGGACGAGGCCAGCGCGCGCGGGGAGGCCGUGGGGGUGCACUGCGCCCUGGGCUUCGGCCGCACUGGCACCAUGCUGGCCUGCUACCUGGUGAAGGAGCGGGGCCUGGCUGCAGGAGAUGCCAUCGCUGAAAUCCGGCGCCUUCGACCCGGCUCCAUCGAGACUUAUGAUCAGGAGAAAGCCGUCUUCCAGUUCUACCAGCGGACUAAAUAAGGGGCCUCAGCUCCUGUCUGUGUCCCGGGCCCUGACCCACGUGUGCAGUGGGGCCAGAGACGCGGACACGCACUGAAAGUUAAGUCCUCCGGCUCCUGCUGGCUCGGGAGACUGAGUAGCCGUUCCCCGCAGGCCGGUCCUGACUGAAG